AUGGCAUUCGCAAACAAAUCCUCAUACAUAGCUCUCGGCUGUGAAGGCUCCGCCAACAAGCUCGGUAUCGGCGUCAUCCUCCACACACCAACCGAAACCAAGAUCCUCUCCAACCUCCGCGACACAUUCGUUUCCCCUCCAGGCACAGGGUUCCUCCCCAAAGACACAGCAGCCCAUCACCGCGCACACUUCGUCCGUCUUGCCCGCGAAGCCCUCGCCGAAGCGAAAAUCACACCCGCAGAUGUCGAUUGCAUUUGCUACACAAAGGGACCCGGUAUGGGCGCCCCGUUGAACUCAGUCGCCGUGGCUGCCAGAGCGUUAAGUCUGCUCUGGGAUAGACCCCUUGUGGGUGUGAAUCACUGCGUGGGACACAUUGAGAUGGGAAGAUAUAUCACCGGCGCGGAGAACCCAGUUGUUCUGUACGUUUCGGGUGGUAACUCGCAGGUUAUUGCAUAUGCGGAGCAGCGAUACAGGAUAUUUGGCGAGACGCUGGAUAUAGCUGUUGGAAAUUGUCUCGAUCGAUUUGCCCGUACGCUCGAGAUCAGUAACGACCCUGCGCCAGGUUACAAUAUUGAACAACUGGCCAAGAAGGGAAGCAAACUACUGGACAUCCCUUAUGCAGUCAAGGGAAUGGACUGCUCGUUCUCCGGCAUUCUAGCGUCCGCCGAUGCCCUCGCUGCGCAGAUGAAAGCUGGCGCAGACUUCACACCCGAAGAUUUGUGCUUCUCACUACAAGAAACAGUAUUUGCCAUGUUGGUAGAGAUCACAGAGCGAGCCAUGGCGCACGUUGGAUCCUCACAAGUUCUCAUUGUGGGAGGCGUUGGCUGCAACGAGAGAUUGCAGGAGAUGAUGGGACACAUGGCGCGCGAACGAGGAGGAUCCGUGUAUGCGACCGACGAGAGAUUCUGCAUCGAUAAUGGAAUCAUGAUUGCGCAUGCUGGAUUGUUGGCAUAUGAGACGGGAUUCAGAACGUCAUUGGAGGAGAGUACUUGUACGCAGAGAUUUAGGACAGAUGAGGUAUUCAUCAAAUGGAGAGAUUGA